GGCACAAGCGACUGCUUCUAAAAAUAGAAUAAAAUGCAACUGCUCUAUUUUUACCGCAGUUAAAUGGCUAUUUCGAUUAUGUUCUUUUGCAAUGUAGCAUUUGAAAUCAGGCUGUUAUGAAGAGAAUAACAAUAUUUAAAAAUGGCACGCCAGCAGAAGGAAGGUUACUGCUUGUGUCACCAACACACACAUUUGAAGAAAUACUAGAAGAAUGCAGCCUAAAGUUGGAGUUGAAUGCAAAAGCAUUGUAUACUGCACAAGGGGCACUAGUAGAUAAUGUAGUUUUCAUCAGGGAUGAUGAUGUAUUUUAUGUCUCAGAUGGCAAACCUUUUAUGGGUCCGUCCAAGCCACAAGCAGCUGUGAUUCGUCCAAGAUCGUUUUCCUCCAUCAGCCCCAGAAACGAUUGUAAGAGGCACUCUAGAACCCCCACUGAAGGCACCACCACAAAAUGCACUUGCAGUAGUUCUGAGUGGGUGACACUGAAUGUUGGAGGUCAUAUGUUCACCACAACAAGAAGUACUUUAACUCAACAAGAACCAGAGAGUAUGCUGGCCAGGAUGUUCUGUGAUGAAGAUCAAUGGUAUAGCAGUGUUGAUGGCAGUGGAGCCUAUUUGAUUGACAGAAGUCCCAGAUAUUUUGAACCAAUCCUCAACUACCUCCGGCAUGGUCAGCUGGUCCUAGAUAAAGAUAUUAACCCUGAAGGAGUCCUUGAGGAAGCUAAAUUUUUUGGCUUGACCUCACUAAUGGAAAUUCUGGAUGAAGUAAUUGAGAAAAAUCAGGUGCCAGAUGACAGUACACCCAUCAACAGGAGAGAGUUUGUUCUCCGCCUCCUGUCCACUCCCACCAACAAGGAGCUACGCUGUCAGGGCAUGAAUUUUACCAAUGCUAACUUAUCCAAGCUGGACUUGAGGUAUAUCAACUUUAAGUAUGCUGUCCUGAAGAAUGCUAACCUGAGUGGAGCCAACCUGUCAUACUGCAACUUCGAGAGAGCUGACCUCUGCCAUGCUGUCUUAGAUUCUGCCAAUUUACUUGGAGUGAAAAUGCUAUGUGCAAACAUGGAAGGAACAUCAUUACGGGGGUGUAACUUUGAAGAUCCUGCAGGCAGUCGGGCUAAUAUGGAGGGUGCCCUGAUGAAGAGCGUUAAUUUGGAAGGAAGUCACAUGGCUGGGGUAAAUUUACGAGUGGCAACUUUAAAAAAUGCCAACUUACAGAACUGUGAUCUAAGAGGAGCAGUAUUAGCAGGAGCGGAUCUAGAGAACUGUGAUAUGUCGGGUUGUGAUCUCCAAGAAGCCAACCUGCGAGGGGCCAACCUGAAGGGAGCAGCUCUAAAACUUAUGUUGAAUCCCCUCCACAUGGCCCAAACAGUGAGAUAAGAACCAAUCAGAAGACAUUUUAUUUUUGGCGACAUUAACAGUUUCCCUUGAGUGGGAAAACAGACAGAGUAACUGCACAUUGAUACAAUAUAUAUACAUAUGAAUAGCACUAAAAUUUUUGCCAAAGAUGUACAUUUUUAUUUGUCUCAGGAAUCUGUUUAAGGCUUCCCAUAAUGCUCUCUUGUUUUGUCUCUAAUUUAGUUGGAGAACAGGCGUCUCUGAUUUUUAAGUGUAAUGUUAUGUCAUGUGCUGUGAAAGAUGAACAAAUGGAAAUAAUUCAUCAAAUAUUUUGAUUGCUAAAUAUUUACAGGAAUACAUAUUAAAAUGUUCUGUUCAUUCAUGCUUUUAUUAAAGGGGCAUGGUCCUGAAUUCAUUGGAAA